GCUAAACUCAGAGCCUGUUUACACCUGGUAUUAUAAUGGUCUUAUCUGAUGCGAUCAAAGUGGACAGCUCUGUUGUGUUCACACCUGAUAUGUGUCUCCACAUGUGUCUCAAGUCAUCACUUAUGAUCUGAAUUCUUACAUGUUAUGUAAAGAAACACCCUUGGUUAGCUUACAUAAUGUUUCCACAUACCGUAUAUUUCCAAAAAGCCGCCGGGGGUUUGACCCCAUUUUGCGUAUUAAAAGCCGGUGUGUCCGAUUAAAUGUUGGGGCAAUUAUUUGAUAUGGGAGUCACGUGACAUCACGUCUUCUACUCGCGUCACUAAGAACGAAACAGCCAGCAUGGCGGACGCGAGGGAAGUUUACACCGGUGGAGAGGAAAACACAGAGAUGGAGUGGAAUGAGGAGAAUAGUCAGGAGAGGGACAAAAACGAUAAGCUAAGAGGGAAGAAAAACAGAAAGUUUGACAUGAAGUUUAAGCUAGCAGUUGUGAAAUAUGCAGAGCAGCACUCUGGAGAAGCAGCUGCCAGAGAGUUUAACGUGGACCCGAGGCGCGUCCGUGAAUGGAAGAAAAAAAAAGGUGAAAUGGCAUCGCAGGCGGCCACAGAUGCCAAGCGGCUUCGCUUGUCAGGUGGAGGCAGGAAAAAAAAGAGCGAAGAGCUUGAGAAUAACUUGUGCAAGUGGAUACACCAAACUCGUGGACGGAACCUCCGGGUCUCCCGCACAAUGAUUAUCAGGAAGGCCAAGGAGUUGUAUGCCACAGCGGGGGACAAGAGAGGUGGGGACGUGUUUGGAGCGACUAAUGGAUGGCUUGACCGAUUCCUCCGACGUAACAAUUUUUCCCACAGGAGGAGAACAACUGUUGCUCAGAAGGAAGCUCCUAUUGAGAAGCAAGUCAACUGUGCCACCUGCUCCAGUCACCAGAUAGAGAGUAAGAGGAUCCAGCCGAAGAAUAUCAUCGCCAUGGACGAAACAGCUGUGCGGUUCGACAUGCCUAAACACACCAGAGAGAUCGGGUGCCAGGCAGGACUCGUCAACACACAACAUGCUGCUGAGCAGGCCGACAUAAAGCUCAACAUAAAACAACAAGCCAUGCCAAGUCUGAAGCUGAUAUCUGCGACCGACACACAGUAUUCAGCAGCUGUGCUGAAGUCGAUGAAUGAGCAGCGAAACCAUGGAUUAUUUUGUGAUGUCACCAUUAUCAUACAGGACAAGAAAUUCAGGGCUCACAAAACAAUCCUGUCUGCCUCAAGCACAUAUUUCCACCAGCUCUUCAGUGUCGCUGGACAAGUGAUUGAGUUAAACUUCAUCAGAGCAGAAAUCUUUGAGGAGAUUCUCAAUUACAUUUACACCUCCAAGAUUGUCCGUGUCCGCUCCGACAUGCUGGAGGAGCUCAUCAACGCUGGACAGAUCCUGGGGGUCAAGUUCAUUGCAAACCUGGGGUCUCCGUUAUCACAAGUUAAGGGUCUGCCUGGUUUGUCGAAGGAGACGGAAAGCAAAGCAGAGAUGAUGCCCAUCAUCACAGAGUCUUUCUCAAUAUCUGCAGAGGAAUUCAAUCAGACAAGCAGGGUUGGAGGUAACGACGAGGACUCGGACAGUGAUGUUAUGUUUGUGUCACAAACAGAUGCUCAAACCAGAGCUGCCAGUCAGAAAUCCAGCUCUGGUGAGAUCAUCGAUUUGGACACAGCUGAUUCAGAAAAUGCAGCAUCAACGCAAACUGAAUCAAAUCAUACAGCUGCAAAACCGAAAGAGAAAGAGAAAGAGAAAGCCAAACCCCCCUUGAAAUCAUCUGCUCCAAAGCCUCCCAGCAUCAGUUCUGCAAACACCAGUUUGCCCAACAGCAGCCCUCUGCGCAGUCCAGACAGCAGCUCCAAUAACUCGUCUUCCCCUGCCAGAGUUUCCUCAGGAAGUGCUCCCACAACACCAGCCAGGUCAAGCAGUUUCACCCCUGAGCCCUCGAGUGCCUCUCAGUCCUCUGAAAGCAGCGACAUAAUGGGAGUCCACAAGAAGCAAGUCUCAGCGUCAUCUCAGCAAGGGGAUUUCAAAAUAAGGAUUGUAGAUGUAGAUGGAGGCGAAACAAAUCAGACCAACAGUCCCAAAUCAGCUAUAGCAGCAAAAAAGACAGUGACCCUUAACACAGCCACAGAGAUUGAUUCAAUUUCAUCAGGCUGUAAAGUGUAUGCCAAUAUUGGAGAAGACACUUAUGACAUUGUCCCCGUGAAAGAAGAUCCAGGUGAAGGAGGCUCUAAGUCCAGUAAAGGGAAGAGAUCAUUAAUGGCAACGCCUAUCAAACCCUUUGAUAAAACUCCCAUGUCACAGAAAGGCAGCCCAAACAAGAAGAAGGCCAAAACAGAGCUCGAGGAUCACUACGAGCUGAUCAUGGACGGGAAGACUUUCUACGUGUGCAUCGUCUGCAAGCGCCCCUACGUGUGUCUGACGAGUCUCCGCCGUCACUUCAACACCCACUCAUGGGAAAAGAAAUACCCGUGUCGCUACUGUAACAAGGUGUUUGCACUGGCUGAGUACAGAACUAAACACGAAAUCCACCACACAGGAGAGAGGAGGUACCAGUGCUUGGUGUGCAACGACAUGUUCAUGAACUACCAGCUACUGUCCACCCACUGCAAGCAAGUCCACAACCAGGACCCCAGCGGGAGGAAAGAGAAAGACGAGACGGAUAACAACUUAUACCGACUCCUGCCGUGUAAAACGGUGCAGAUGAGGCCGUACUCGUGGAGUACUGAGGGGCAGGGGGUCCCCGUCAUAUCCGAGGACGGCAGCGUGCACCACAUAACCAGCGUCAGCGAAGACGUCCACUCCUCCACCCAGAGCAGGAUGUUGAACUGGGACGACAUCUUUAUCGAGCCCGAUGCUCACAUGCCACCUGACGCUCAUGGCAGACCGGCGUCAGCCAUGAACAGUCCUACACAGGGGGCCACAGAGUUUGACUUUGUUAUACCAGAGACCUACUGAGCAGCACCCGCUGCUGUAUUACCUGUGCCUUUUAGGUGCCCCCCCACCCUUUACUCCUCUUUGCUUCCAUGUCAACAAUAUUCUUCUGUAAUUCUCAAUAGUGUCAGCUCGAGGUAAGGUCACAUGAGCCUUUUUGUUGAAUGAAAUAUGUGGCGUACGCACAGUGAACUGUGAAUUACGAGUCCGCUGGAGUGUUUGAAUUCGUCAGCCAUGCCAUCUUCAGUCAAAGUGAAAGGGAGAUGGAGCGGAUUGCAGCAGGAAGGAAGUGUAAUGUGACCAUACCUUUACUCAUAUUACUCUGCUUGUGUAGUAGCCUUUAUCUUUUGUAUCAUUGGAAUAAAUGAUAGUCACACUAGCCAAAAAAAAAACAUAGAAGUGGUUCACACGCAGCAAAGGAAAUAAUUAGUUCAUAUGAAUCAUGCAAGAAUCAAAAACUGCCCCCCAAAAUAAGGCAGAGUUUAAGACCUAUCACAACAGCUGUAAUAAAAUCAUGUAUGUUUAACUUAUAAGCUAGAACAUCUCAGCUACACGAUCUGAAGCACAAAGCAUUGAAUUAAGACCUUUGAAUGAUGCUGUCUUGUUUCAGCAGUAGAUUUUUUAAGGCCUCGAGGCCUAAAGCAGCUCGCUGAGCUCCGUUACAUAAAAUAUGAAUGGGGUUCACCUAUUUAAGAAACUUCAACUGAUGAGUUUGUGUGUAACCAUGUGACUUUUUUUUUUCACAGGAUACAUUAUAAUGCAUUUUGUGGUUUCACCAGAUUUGUGUAAAAUACAGGAUGUGAUCCAUAAUGAAAUAAAGUUGCUCAGAAUUGACCGGCUGCAUCAAUCAUGACUCUCAGCCUGUUUUUGAGGAUUAAAUGCAACAUUUCCCGGACUGAUCGUUCCUUGUCCCCAGCUGAAACUGUUUUAAUCUGAAUUCUGUACAAGAGAAUGUUCAUUAUGAUCUGAAAUAUAUUUUUUCAUUGUGUGACUGUUGGCGAUCCUGCAUGUGGGUGUUGUAGCAGGGAAGAUAUUUAAUUUUAAAGUGGUUGGAAAAACAAAUGGCUUUAUAUAUUUUUUUCAUUAAACGCCCUCUGUUUUAUUUU